GCUUCUGGCAGCACUGUGAUGAAGAAGUGCGGAGUUUCUUCGCGUCAGUGAUUUCUAUUGCCUUUGUCAUUGUUGUUAUUCUAUAUAAUUUUCUGUUUACUAUUUUCUCUUUUUCGAGUGUUUUAUUCUCGCUAAGCCCAGUGUAACGGGCUAUUCUUGCAUUGAAUAGAUCCUUCGGGACACUCGGAGAACACAGCAUAAAGCGUCUUCUUCCACGAUAAAGAGAACAGAGAAGGAAAAGUUGAUCUUUCUUCUAGAAAGGGGUCCUUUUGACCGUCUUUUUGGUUUUCCUGCCGUUUUCUGUUUUUUCUUGUUUGCCCUUUUUUUCCAGUUGUUGGACGGGCUGUAGCAAAACACAAACUCCAUUUUUCUUGUAGCUGCGACUAGCGGGAUCAACCAUAUGUGAGGCAGCGACACUCGUAACGGAAGAGAAAGAAGAGCAAUAACAUCAAAAGAAAGAAUAAUUACCUUCUCCAUAUAGCUAUUGUUUUUUUUUCCCUCUUCUUUCUUCUUUUCUCCGUCUCGCAACAUCCAUGUCGUCAUCCUGGUCAGGUGACUACUCGUGUGACUCUAGCGCUGAGCGGAGCUACAAUGACCUUGUGAGCGACCUGCAUGGCAAAGGCGUGCCGAUGCUGCGGAUCACAAAGUCUUACACGCUCAAGAAGAUAAUCGUGCUGUUUUCGAACAUGAACGACGGACUGCAGUACCUCCCAGCGUCAGACAAGCACAGCUCGUUGCUGUUCGCGAACAUACGGGCAGUUCACGCAUUGCCGCGCUCAGACAUCGUGUGCCACAAAGCUCGCCUGAGCCAAUUCCAGCACUGUCUGGAGGUGGUGACUCAAUUUGGCUGGUCGUGGUAUUUGAUCUGCAGCACGGAGCUCGACCGCGGAACGUGGCUGGACUUCCUCGAGAAGCGGCGGCGGUUGUACUUAGCCGAGAGCCGCACCAACGUAGCGGAUGUGAGCAUCGCACGGUACUGGUCGUCCGCGGCUCUGCACGGCAAGUCCACGCUCUCCUUCAACGAAGUCUCCGCGCUGUUUAACAGCCUUUUCGGUUACAUACCCCCGGAUGAUUUCGCGAGCCGUUUCCGCGUAUGCGAUUCCAACAACAAUACCUACCUCGACUUUGAGGAGUUUCGCACCCUCUUUAUCCUCUUCAAUGAGAUUGAUGUGAUCAAAAAAAUAUACACGGCGGAGGUGGCGGACGCGCAGAACGGUAUGUCCGCGCAGGAGUUUACGCAGUUUUGCGUGAAGAACGACGUCGGCGGCAGCACGACCCCGAUGCGCUGCGCAGCUCUCUUUCACCUCUUCACCAAUCGUCAAGCGGAGCGUCUGAACAUGACGAUCUUCACCGCAUUUUUACUCCACCCAGAGCACAACUGUGUGGUGGACCCGCGUCAGCUGCGCGUGGCCGACGUUAUGGACUUUCCCCUCAAUCACUACUACAUCAGCAGUUCCCACAACACCUACCUGCUGGGCAAUCAACUGAACUCGGCGAGCUCCUGCAGUACCUACCGCGACGUCCUCCGCGCCGGUUGCCGCUGCGUGGAGAUAGACUGCUGGGAUGGGCCAGAGGGGCAGCCCAUCGUGUACCAUGGGCACACCAUGACCUCCAAGAUUCGCUUCGAUGACGUGAUCCGCACCAUCGACGCGCACGCCUUUCAAAACCCCGAGACGGAGGCGAACGCGCCGUGGAAUCCGCGGGAGUUUCCAGUGAUCGUCUCGCUGGAGGUGCACACGAGCGGGGAGCAGACAAAUCGAAUGGCGGAGAUAAUGCACGACGUCUUUGGAGAUCGCCUCUUUGUAUCGAAGCAAAACGUGUCGGCCUACACCCCGGCGAAGCUGAGAGGCAAAAUUCUUGUGAAAUGGAAGAUGAACGCGGCGGGCGUGGAGGAGGUGAAGGACACGACGGGCAGCGGCAUUCGCCCUGACCGGCGAAGUUCACCGCGCGGCCCGGGUUCGACCCUCUCUGCCUGCGCCUCCAUCGGCUCCGUCAGCACGUCCACGUGGGGGGCGCAGGAGCAGCCGUACCACGUCGAGAGCUUCACGGAGGGCGAGGCAGGGCGUCUCGGCAUCGUAGAGCCGGUGAACUUCGCACGACAGAACAGUCGCAUGCUCGCCCGCACCUACCCCCUCGGCACCCGUAUCGACUCCUCCAACUACGACCCGAUGCCAAUGUGGCGGGUGGGCUGCCAGAUGGUCGCGCUCAACUGGCAGACACGCGAUGACUUUCUGCGCGUGAAUGAGGGCUUCUUUGGUCAUCAAAACGGCGGCUGUGGGUACGUGCUGAAGCCGCCGUAUCUGCGCGAUGUGGGGCUGGAGGCUCAAGCAAGCCCCUUUGUGCUCGUGCUGCGCAUAAUCUGCGGCUCGCACCUGCACACCACCUUUGACGGCGUCGAGGCGACGCACCUGUCGUUGCGCGUGUGGAUCCACGGGACCCUCUCUCCAGUGGAGAUGCCCGUAACCCCCGCCUCUGUGUACCCGCAGUGGAACGAAACAGUGAAGCUGCGCGGUGAGUACAAGGAGCUGGAUGUGCUGUGUAUCAAGAUCGUGGCCCGUGCAGCCAACGGCAGCACCUGCGAAGUGUGCACGUCCUGCCUGCCUGUGAACGUGCUGCGCUGUGGCUUUCACGCCAUUCCUGUUCGGCACCAAAAGGGCGGUCAAGUGGCGGACAUCGCCUCCGUGUUUUGCCAUGUGAACUUCGAAACACUUCGCACACGCAACGCCGAAUCGGACGACGCGUCAGCGCGCCUACAAACCCGUGUCGCACCCACGACCCGACGUGUUUCGUGA